AACGUGAAAUUGAUAUAGAUGAGUGUGCUUCACAUCCCUGCAAAAAUGGAGCCACCUGCAUUGACCAGCCUGGUAAUUACUUCUGCCAGUGUGUGCCUCCAUUUAAAGUGGUUGAUGGCUUUUCCUGCUUAGGCAAUCCAGGCUAUGUUGGGAUAAGAUGUGAACAGGACAUUGAUGACUGCAUCCUGAAUGCCUGUGAGCACAAUUCUACCUGCAAAGAUCUGCAUCUCAGCUACCAGUGUGUGUGCCUAUCUGGUUGGGAAGGAAAUUUUUCUGAACAAGAAUCCAAUGAGUGUAAAAUGAAUCCUUGCAAGAACAAUUCCACCUGUAUUGACCUUUACAAAAGCUAUCGAUGUGAGUGUACAUCUGGAUGGACUGGACAGAACUGUAGUGAAGAAAUAAAUGAAUGCGACUCUGAUCCAUGCAUGAAUGGAGGUCUUUGUCAUGAAUCUACCAUCCCUGGACAAUUUGUAUGUCUGUGCCCACCCCUUUAUACUGGACGAUUUUGCCACCAACGCUAUAACCCUUGUGACCUACUUCAUAACCCUUGCAGAAACAACUCAACAUGCUUAGCUUUGGUAGAUGGAAAUCAGCAUUGUAUUUGUAGAGAAGAAUUUGAAGGUAAAAACUGUGAAAUUGAUGUGAAAGAGUGCCUCUUCCUUUCCUGCCAGGAUUAUGGUGACUGUGAAGAUAUGGUGAACAAUUUCAGGUGUAUUUGCAGACCUGGGUUUUCUGGAUCUCUGUGUGAAAUUGAAAUUAAUGAAUGUUCCUCUGAACCUUGCAAAAAUAAUGGAACAUGUGUGGAUCUGACAAACAGGCAACAAGAAAGAGAAAACAGCUGUGGCCCUUCAGGGAGCCCGGACCUAGGGGCUCCCCAGCUAGGGCUGCAACAGCAUCUUUGGGACUCUGCAGGUCCUGGUGUCUCCAACUUCCAGGUGCCACUGCAUUCCCUGGUACCAGCCAUGGAAGCUGCUUGCAGUACUUCUGGCCCAGUCACAAUCACACAGGGAGCCGACACCAGUGCUGGUGCCUGGAGCUUCCAGCCCUGCCACAGCCAGUGUGCCUGGCUGUGUGCAGUGUGGCCCGACCCCACACAUGCUUGCUGA